GGUGACAACACAUAGUGUAUUUUAUACUUACUUGGACCGGAUUUUGGAGGACAAUCAAAAUUAAUGCUGCUCCUUCCUAUAGCUUUUAAAUCAAAACCUAGAUUAGGAGUGAUAUUUUACUGCACUUUGCUUGAAGAACUAAUUCAAGAAUUCAAUGGCUGGAGGCUCCAAGUCCGCUACAUACCAGGAUGCGGCAGUCCCAGAAAUUUUGGAUUGAAGGUAUCUUCUGCAAAAGAGAAUGUGCAAAGAUUAUACCAGCUUCCAAAGAUCCACACAGAUGCCAUGGUGGGUGCCAGGUCUGCCAGAACCUUAUCAGGUGUUGCUGUGGAAGGUUAAUUGGAGACCAUCCAGGGAUAGAUUAUGACUGGCCAAUAUAUUCUCUACCACAAGAGGUAAAUGAUGAGGAAUGGUCGGUACAGAGGCAUACAAAGAUCAGCCCCACAGAUGCUUUUGGCACCAUCAAUUUCCAAGAUGGUCAUCACACUUACCAUGCAAAGUAUAUAAGAAUAUCCUAUGACACCUCUUUGGACCAACUGAUGCAUCUGAUGAUAAAGGAAUGGCAAAUGGAGCUUCCUAAACUAGUGAUUUCCGUUCAUGGAGGGAUUCAGAAUUUUAAGCUUCCUUCUAAAGUCAAGCAGGUCUUUGGUAAAGGUUUGGUGAAAGCUGCAGAAACGACUGGAGCAUGGAUCAUGACAGAGGGCAUUAAUACAGGAGUGUCCAAACAUGUAGGAGAUGCCUUAAAAGCUCAUGCUUCCCAGCAUUUAAGAAAAAUAUGUGCCAUUGGGAUCCCACCCUGGGGAGUUAUUGAGAAUCAAAAGGAUCUUAUUGGAAAAGAUGCAGUUUGCCUUUAUCAAACUCUGGUAAAUCCUCUAAGUAAGCUCACCACUUUGAAUAGUAUGCAUUCCCAUUUCAUCAUGGUGGAUGAUGGCACAGCUGGAAAGUAUGGAAACGAGAUGAAACUUAGAAAAAACCUUGAGGAAUACAUAUCUCUUCAGAAAAUACACACCAGAAUGGGACAAGGUGUCCCUGUAGUUGGUCUGGUAGUGGAAGGAGGCCCAAAUGUUAUCUUGAUGGUGUGGGAAUAUGUCCGCAGCACUCCAUCCAUUCCUGUGGUGGUUUGUGAAGGGACAGGCAGAGCCGCAGAUAUCUUGGCAUUCACACACAAGCACACAGCAGAUAAAAGAGAGAUCUCUGCACAGCUGAAGGAUGAAAUUCUGCAAAUGAUCCAGCAGACAUUUAGUCUCGGUCAUAGGCAGGCUAAUCACAUUUUAUUUAUUCUCAUGGAGUGCAUGGAGUGCCGUGAUUCUAUCACAAUAUUUGAUUCAGAGUCUGAAGAACAACAGGAUAUUGAUAUGGCAAUUCUGACGGCUCUUCUGCAAGGCACUAACAUGUCUGCACCAGACCAGCUGAGCUUGGCUUUGACUUGGAACAGAGUGGAUAUUGCUAAGAAACAUAUCCUAGUGUAUGGCCAGCACUGGAAAGUUGGUUCUUUAGAAAAAGCCAUGCAGGAUGCCUUAGUAAUGGAUCGUGUGGAUUUUGUGAAGCUGUUGAUAGAAUACGGAGUGAACAUGCACCGUUUCCUCACCAUAAGCAGAUUGGAAGAACUGUACAAUACAAAACAAGGACCAACAAAUCUGCUUUUACAUCAUCUUGUUGGAGACGUAAAACAGAGUAACCUUUCUAAAGACUACAAAAUUACUCUAAUUGACGUGGGAUUAGUAAUUGAAUACUUGAUUGGAGGGGCCUAUAGAAGCAGCUACACGCGGAAGAGUUUCCGUGCCUUAUACAAUAGUCUCUACAGGAAGCAAAAGAGGACCCACAAUUCUACCAACAGUCUGGCACGAAGUUUGUCUAAUCUUUCGUUAAGCCAGAACAGCCAGAUGAACAGCAAGCUUGCUUCACCUGAGAAUACCUUGCAUUCCCAGUUCCUCCGGACAGCACAGCCUUAUAAGCGCAAGGAGAAGACUACAUGCACCCAAAAGUCAAAGAAGAAACCCAAGGAUGAGAUGAGUUCCACUAAGGAACCUGAGCUAGCAGGUUUUAUUUAUCCCUACAAUGACCUCUUGGUUUGGGCCGUGCUGAUGAAGAGACAAAAUAUGGCUAUGUUUUUCUGGCAGCAUGGAGAAGAAGCUAUGGUAAAGGCAGUAAUUGCCUGCAAACUAUACCGCGCCAUGGCACAUGAGGCAAAACAGAGCAACAUGAUUGAUGAUACCUCGGAAGAGUUAAAGAAAUACUCAAAGGAAUUUGGCCAACUCGCUCUGGACCUCCUAGAAAAUGCUUUCAAAAGGAACGAGCAAAUGGCAAUGAAACUUCUGACAUAUGAACUGAAGAACUGGAGCAACUCAACAUGCCUAAAACUAGCGGUGUCAUCUGCUUUGCGCCCAUUCAUGUCCCACACAUGCACUCAGAUGCUGCUAACAGACAUGUGGAUGGGGUGCUUGAAGAUCAGGAAGAACUCUUGGCUCAAGAUUAUUUUAGGCAUUCUGUUACCACCCUGCAUUUUGAUGAUGGAGUUUAAAACUAAGGCAGAAAUGUCACAUCUACCUCAGGCACAGGAUUUCCACCAAUUUGCCAGGUUUUAUGUAGAUACCCCUUCUCCUAAUGUGAAAUUGGAACAUGUAGUGCAAGGCUUUGAUGCUGAAAAGGGAGGAAAUAAUUUAGCUGAAGAAAAGAAUCUUAAUGUACAUGGAAACCUGCCCAUAACUAGAAAGAUCUGUGAGUUCUACGGUGCCCCUAUUGUCAAGUUUUGGUUUCACACUAUGGCAUAUUUGCUUUUCCUUAUGCUAUUUACAUAUGUAGUGUUGGUCAAGAUGGAGCCAGUGCCCAGUGUCCAAGAAUGGCUGGUCAUUACGUACAUGUUUACUAAUGCUAUUGAGAAAGUCAGAGAGGUAUUUAUGUCAGAACCAGGAAAAUACUCUCAGAAAGUCAAAGUCUGGCUGAAUGAAUACUGGAAUGUGACAGACUUCAUAGCUAUUAUUUUAUUCGUGGUUGGUUUUGCCCUGCGCUGGGCUCAUUCACCUCUGAACACAGCAGGCAGAAUAAUUUACUGCCUGGACAUCAUAUUUUGGUAUACGCGACUUUUGGAUUUCUUUGCUGUGAACCAGCAAGCUGGACCUUACAUUACUAUGAUUGGGAAGAUGACAUCAAACAUGUUUGGAAUUGUGAUUAUAAUGGCUAUUGUUCUGCUGGCCUUUGGUGUGGCAAGGAAAUCGAUUCUUUCUCCAUCAGAACCUCCUUCUUGGACAUUGGCUCGUGAUAUUGUAUUUCAGCCAUACUGGAUGAUGUUUGGUGAAGUCUAUGCUAGUGAAAUAGAUGCAUGUGAAGAAGAUCCAGAUUGUCCUCCUGGCUCAUUCAUCACCCCUUUCCUACAAGCUGUCUACCUUUUUAUCCAGUACAUCAUCAUGGUCAACCUGCUGAUUUCCUUUUACAAUAAUGUGUACAUGGAGAUGAAAUCUAUUUCUCACAAACUGUGGAAGUAUAAUCGCUACCGAUAUAUCAUGUUGUACCAUGACAAGCCAUGGCUACCUCCUCCAUUUAUCCUGCUAAGCCAUAUAUAUCUACUCAUUCACCGCCUUUGCCAGCAUCACUAUCACACUGAGAAUGAUCAAGAUGAAGGUGAUGUUGGAUUAAAACUCUAUCUUAGUGAUGAUGAAUUGAGAAAACUCCACGACUUUGAGGAAAAGUGUGUGGAAACAUAUUUUCAUGACAAAAAGGAAAGUUUACACUCAAGUGACAGUGAAAGGAUUCGCACAACAACCCUAAGAACUGAAGAAAUGUUCCUGCAACUUAAGGAGAUGAAUGAGAAAGUGUUUUAUAUAAAGGACUCCUUGAUAUCUCUAGAUAGUCAGCUGGGACACUUACAAGACAUUUCAGCCUUGACAGUGGACACGUUGAAAUUGAUCUCAGCAGUAGAUACAUUACAGGUAGAAGAGGCCAUCAUACAAGACCAGAAAACAUUGUCAUGUAAGAAGAUACCUCAUAGCUGGAGUAAUGUGACAUGUUCUGAGAACAACAGAAACUAUAAUUAUUAUAGCAUGCCACCCUCGCUUCUGAGAACAUUGGCAAGGAGCCAAUGGCCUUCAGAGUGUCUAGAUCCUUCUAAGGAAAUACAUUUUCCUUUAGAAAAUAGUAAAACAAUAAAAUCUGAGGCAGGAAAAGACACUGUCACUUCUGUAAUAUCAUCAGAAAACAAGUCUACUCUGCAGUAUGGGAAUUUUCUGCUUGUUCCUUCAAGUCAUGUUGGAAUGACCUACUCUGAUGAACCUUUUCUGGACUUCUCAGUUCCUAAAGUUAUUAAUAGUUCUGAAGCAGAUUUCAGAGAUGGUAAAGCCAAAGAAAUGUGUAUCCCUCCCAUUGGCCUGAUUAUCUGUGGCCAAGAGGACUCAGAGAAUGAUGAUAAAGUGGCAACCAAGGAUGAGUUAAAGAUUCCAGAAAUAUGUGUAGACCAAUGUAAUGUGGACCCUGUGAGUGAAAAAUCUCAUGGUUGCUCAGCUUCAGCAGGAGUUUUUGUAAAUUUGGCCUUUUCAGAAGAAGGUGAAGUUGGAAUUUUUAAUGGUGGCAAGAACCAAGAACCUUUUCCUUUAGAAAAUAGUAAAACAAAAGAAUUUGAAACAGAAAAUGACACUGUCACCUCUGUAAUAUCACCAGAAAACAAGUCUACUCCACAGUAUGGGAAUUUUCUGCUUGUUCCUUCAAGUCAUGUUGGAAUGCCUUAUUCUGAUGAACCUGUUUUAGACUUCUCAGUUCCUACAUUUAUUAAAAGUACUGAAGCAGAUUUAAGAGAUGGUAAAACCAAUGAAAUUUGUAUUCCUCCCAUUGGCCUGAAUACCUGUGGCCAAGAGGAUUCAGAAAAUAAUGAUAAACAAUUGGCAACCAAGGAUGAGUUAAAGAUUCCUGAAAUAUGUGUAGACCAAUGUUAUGUGGACUGUGUGGGUGAAAAAUCUCAUGGUUGCUCAGCUUCAGCAGGAGGUUUUGUGAAUUUGGCCUUUUCAGAAGAAGGUGAAGUUGGAAUUUUUAAUGGUGGCAAGAACCAAAAACUAUGCAUUCACCCUAAUCACUGUGAAAACUGUCAAUGUUUAAAUAGGUUUGGUCAAUGUAUCUAUGUCAAGGACACAAAUAUACUUUCUCAUAGCGUGAAAAAAGGUAUGCCAGCUGAUGAUCAGCAUCAGAGCACCUCAUUCUGGGUCAGUCCUCAUAAGAACUGGAAUUUCCGUAAAUCCAGUUUUAAAGGUCAAAAACAUAAAGAAGGGAAAACAAAUACGAUUAAAGAGUUUGCUAAAUAUUCCGAGUUAAAUCAAGUUUCAUGGGCAAAAGAAAAAAUACGGAAUACUUUUAGAAGAUCAAACAAAGAGAAGAAAAAACAAACUCAGCUUCAAGUGCCUGUGAUUACUGUGGAUAGUUGUUCCCAGAGCACCCAGAUGAGCUCAGAACCGGCAGAAUGCAGCAGCCUGAAGAAUGAAGAGGACGAAUGUAGCAAAAACUGGCUCUCAGUAUCCAGUUUUAAUCAACUAAGAUUGGAACACAUGAAUUAUGUUCGGCAGCAACUAAAAGCUCAAGAAAUUGGAAGAAAUUUAUUACAGACCAAUGAAUACUUGAGGCAUUCCCGAGAGGAGCUACACAACAGUACAGCUCAGAUGAAAAGGACUUCCCUAUUUAGAACUUCAUAUUCUGUCAAAAAUAUGUCAUCUUCUUUAAAAGCCUCUCAAGACUUGAACAAUCAUUACUCAGCGGUGGAAAGAAAUAACUUGAUGAGACUUGCACAGACUAUACCUUUUACCCCAGUGCAUCUCUUUGCUGGAGAAGAAGUUACCGUAUAUAGGCUCGAAGAGAGUUCACCAACCAGCUUGGGUAAAAGCAUGUCCACCUGGUCUCAAAGAGGAAUGGCAGCAAUGCUUCAGGUCCUUUCUCCUGAAGAAAUGGAUGGGGGUCUGCGCAGAGCUCUAAAAGUAGUCUGUACAUGGUCAGAACAUGAUGUCCUAGAUCCUGGAGAGAUCUUCAUUGUCAAAUCAUUCCGUCCUGAAGUGGUGCAAACAUGGCAGAAGGUUUUCCGUGGGGACACUGUAUUGCAGCUUUGCUUAAGGGAGAUUCAGCAACAGAGGGCUGCACAGAAGUUGAUUUUCACAUUCAAUCAAUUGAAACCGCACAGUAUUCCCUACAAGCUGAGGUUCCUAGAAGUCUUCUUGAUCUAUUGUCAUUCUGCUAAUCAAUGGUUAACAAUAGAGAAAUACAUGACAGGAGAAUUCCGAAAGUACAAUAACAACAAUGGCGAUGAGAUCACCCCAAUCACUUUACUGGAGGAAGCACUGCUGUCGUUUUCUCACUGGACCUUUGAAUAUACCAGGGGAGAGCUACUUGUUCUUGACCUGCAAGGUGUUGGAGAAAAUCUUACAGACCCAUCUGUUAUUAAACCGGAAGACAAGCAGUCAAGAGGUAUGGUGUUUGGACCAGCCAAUUUAGGAGAAGAUGCACUUACAAAUUAUGUUUCGAAACACCGCUGCAACUCUUGCUGUCGGAAACUCAAACUUUCUGAUUUGAAAAGAAAUGACUACUCACCUGGGAGGAUCAAUCUAGGGUUUGAAAUCGGAGAAGCAGAUACAGAUGAAGACAUUUUGGAACAUAAUACAAAACUGUAAAACAACAUUGCACAGAGUUAUAAAAAAACUUUCCACUGGAUGCUGUAGUAUGAUAUUGGUGGACAGACCCCAUCAUAAAUAUAAGAAUUAUUGUUAAUCGAUCACACAUGUUUCCCUUCAGUCACACAACCCAUAGCCGUUCAUUCAUCUGUGAAGACAUCUUAUUUUUGCAGAUGUAUAUGAAGUUUGUAUUGAACUGCCCAAUUGUACAAUAAAG